AUUCCUUUUAGCACUCGCUUUAUUCUUUGCAUUAUUACAACGGGGACAAAAACUUUUUUGUCGAAAUCUUUGAAAAUAAGAAAAGAAAUGUUAUAUUUUGUUGACAUCUUUGAAAAUAAGAAAAGAAAUGUCAUAUUUUGUUGACAUUUUCUCAUUAAUAAACGAUUGGAUUUUCUUUUCAACUAAACUUUCAGAUUUGAUCUAAACUUGUUUCACAUUGUUUAGGGCUACUCUUAAACCAAGGACUUCAUUAUGACGUCAUUCAAGGCAUAUUGCAAGAUUCGCAAGCAUACCAGAAUGAGGCAAUGACAAAGGAGUGCAUCAAUCUGAAUUUAGUGCUAGGGCUAUGUCUUUGUCUGUCAAGAUUUUUUUCAAAAGCACAAUAUAAAUCAAAACUUAAUCUGUUAAGCUACUAACAGGCAGAUGAUAAGUAGCAUCUAUCUUUCGUCACCAUGGCAACACAGAUUCCUACAGAACUGGAAUCUGCGACAUCGGCUGGUCCAUCCAACGGUCAGGUUCAGGAGACUUCCUUGAUGCCCAGCUCUAACGGACUAGAUACGCCUGGAACUUGUUCUCCAUCUAUCACACCCAAGAAACAACGUCAUUGGGAUCUUUCUCACCCCCUCCCCAAACUUCCCGUCCCUGACCUUCAUAGCACGAUGGAGAAAUAUCUCAACUUCAUCAAGACGGUGGUGGCGCCCCAAGAUUACGCCAAGACCAAAUAUACCGUGGAUGAAUUCAUCAAACCUGAUGGCACUGGCCAGAUACUCCAAGAGUACUUGUUGAAGAGACAGCAGUGUACCGACAACUGGGCCACAGAAUGGUGGUUGAAUGACAUGUACCUCAAUGUACGACUCCCAGUGCUGAUUAAUUCUAACCCAGCAGCAGUGUUUCCUUAUCAAAGUUUUCCAACUCGUAGAGAACAAAUCAGAUAUGCCGCCAAAUUUAUUCGAGGAAUGUUGGACUUCAAACAGUUAAUAGACACGAGAACACUGCCUAUUGACAGGUGUAAGUACAAAGAGAAAGGUCAGCCACUGUGUAUGGACCAGCACUAUCGUCUGUUCUCAUCCUACAGAGAGCCAGGUCGUGAGAGGGAUGUUCAGAGAACUGACCUGGGUUUCAUGGGCAGAGACUUCAUUGUGGUGGCCUGUAACAAUCAGUUUUAUAAAGUUGAUCUGUACAAUAAUGGUGAAGAACUCUCUGAGUCCAAUCUCUGCCUGCAACUUGCUCAAGUGCUCAACAUGGCCGAACAAAAGUGUAACCAAUCAGAACCUGUCGGUGUUUUGACAUCGCUACCACGAACUUUAUGGGCGGAAGCAAGAGAACGACUUUUACAAGAUGCCAUCAACAGAGCCAAUCUGCAUGUCCUAGAGAACUGCUUGUUUCUCUUGUGUCUUGACAAGGCUACUGUGCCCACGGGUCCAUGUUCCUUGGGAGACAUGUUUGAUGACAUGACAGCACGGACACAUCAUAUCAUUCAUGGUCAAGGUGUCCACAGUAACUCAGCCAACAGGUGGAUGGAUAAAACAAUACAACUCAUUGUUUCUGAGGAUGGAACUUGUGGAAUCAACAUGGAACAUUCAGUGGCUGAGGGCAUAGCUCUAACUCACAUGAUUGAACAUGCAUUCAACUUUAUUGGCAAGGAGAAGAUUACUCUAGAAACAACAGAAGUAAACAAACUCCCUCAACCCAAAUGUUUACUUUGGAAUCUGACACCUCAGUCUCUGGAGGACAUCCAGCUGGCCAAAGAAUCUGUAGACAGUAUGGUGGAAGACUUUGACCUGACAGUCUUCAAGUUUAACAGCUAUGGGCGAGAGUUUGUAAAAAGUCAAAACAUGAGUCCAGAUGCUUACAUCCAGUUGGCUUUACAGCUUACAUAUUACAAAAUCCAUGGAAGUUUAACCUCAACUUAUGAGAGUGCCUCUGUCAGACGAUAUCGACAAGGUCGUGUAGAUGUCAUCCGAGCCAAUUCUCCAGCAGCUUUGGCAUGGGUCAAGGCCAUGUUGGGCCAGACAGAAGCAACGGAAGAAGAGAAGCUUCAUUUACUGACUGAAGCAAUCCAGUGGCAACAAGACUAUAUGUUGCAAACUAUAUUGGGUCAUGGCAUAGACCUUCACCUUCUGGGUUUGAGAGAAGCAGCAAAUGAAUUGGGAAUUCCAACUCCAGAAGUUUUCAAAGAUCCAUCUUACAAAGAACUCAAUACAUUUAGAGUUUCUACUAGCCAGGUGCCAACAGUGUCUGAUUAUUGGAUGGGCUAUGGUGCUGUUGUUCCAGAUGGCUAUGGUUGUUGUUAUAACCCAAAACCUGACCAUAUCUACUUCAGUGUUGCUACAUUCAAUUCCUGCAUAGACACAUCGUCAGAAAUGUUUGCACACUCUCUAGAGUCAAGUCUCCUCCAGAUGGCAGAACUAUGUCGUUAUGAACCAGAACAGCUGUCCAGAAGAUAAUAAUACCCCCCCCCCCCCAACUCAGCCUAGUCGGACAUUCACAAUUUCAACUGUUAGAUUGAUAUUUCUUAUUUAUUACUAUGCAGCCUUGAACAAAUAUUUGGAUAAUUGAAUUUACUAGUGCUAACUGUAGUUUACACAAAGUCAAUGUUUUCUGCCUUAUUCUACCAUGAAGGAUAAAUGGGUGACAGAAAGUCUCAAAAGCAAUAGAUCAACAUUUCCAAGUCACUCUAGGAGCAAUAAGAACACUAACUGUGACACUCCUAGGAAAUGUGUUCUGAAAUUAUUGAAGAGUUGUCUCUCCUGUUACUUAUCUCAAUUGGUUGUUUACUUUACAUAGUGAUAUGUUUAGUUAUGUGAUUCUAUCUCUGUACAUUGAUCAUUAUUAUUUAUAAAUCUCUAUAUUUAAAAGAAGCUCAUUGUAUCAUUGUAAUGUGAUGUCUGGGACCAGUAGUUUCCAUCAGGAAAAUGUAUUUCAGUUGCCUUUAUAUCUAGACAAGUUUUCCAUUUUUCUCAAUAUUUUAAAUCAUUGGGACAUGGCUUUCCAUCAGAGUUUCCUUCAUUAAAUUAGUUUAAACAAUAAUGAUUUUUUUUUUAAAUUAAAUUAAAGAGAAAGAAAAUUAAAAAUUAAAUUUAAAAAUUUCAAAAAUUAAAAAAAAGUUUUCUGUUAGACCAUAUGAAAAUGAGGAAAAACUAAGAAAUAACAUUGAACUAGCUGCUAAUGACUUGUAUAAUAUACAAAAUGACAUGUCUCUGUGCAAAUACAUUAAAUUUACAUUUAUACACUUCACUUACACUGACUUCUGUAGUCUGUACUAUGAACUGUUACUUACAUUCAUCUAUCCAUUAACUUACAAUGUGUUCAUGUGUUAACUUUUCAGUCUGCAUUCUUUGAAUGGAAAUGUUGUCAGACUUUCUAUCUUGAUGUGAUAUGGAGCUAAGUUUGUGUUGGUUGGCAUUGACACUUUAUCUAUGUGUGCAAUAUGUAAAUAGAUCUCUCACAGUUUUGUAUUAGUGCUUUUCCUAUAUAACAGACACAUGAAGCAAUUUAAAUGUACACAUGUCUUAGCUAGUGUUACCUCCAUUGGAGUUAAGUAGUAUUUUUUAAAAGCUAAAACAAAAAAUGUUUCUGAAUUUUUUGAAAUGUGUGUUGUUAUUAAAUGUUUGACUGUAACAUUUAGAACUAGUAGCAAUUUAAAUGUAUAGUGUAAAUAUUUUGUUUAUCUUUACUGCGUUGCACAUAUGACACAUUCCAGUUGAGGUCAGUAAUACAAGGGAUGUGUCAAACAAGUCAUUUUGGAAUUUGUAAAUGAGCUUUUUUUUCUUUCACUUUUUCUCCUAUGCCAAAGAUAGAUAUUCAUUGUGACAUUAACAGAGAGCUUCUGAGUAAACAAAAGUAGGGGCUUGAAAAGAACAUUAUUUUCAAACAUAAAUAUAUAACAAAAAAUACUUAUUGCUAUCAACAUUGUUUUGAUUUGAUGUCAGUAGAAUGUUUGAAGAAAUGUUCUGUUAAAAAACAUUUGAUAUUUAUUUUAGUUCGCCCUGGAUGUUCAUACUAAUUAAUGCUUGUUUGUGUGAAUAUAAAAUCUGUGAUAUAGAUUCAAUGUACAUUUAUUGUGUAAAUACUGAACAUCUAUUUAUUGUGACUAUUUAAUAUUGAAGUCAAAAGAAGACUGUAUCUAUUGGUGGCACUGACUUGAUCAAUGAGUUGCCCAGUCUAUCACAAUGGUCCUGAUCUAGUUGAUUUGAAAUAACAUACAAUGAAAACUGCAGUCAUUUAUAUGUAUUUAUUCAUAUAAUGUUUUUUACUAAGUUUUUCUAUGAUGGUUUCUAUGAUACCACCUUCGCACUUAUUCAAGUUUAUUGUUUCAUUUAGUUGUCACUGUCAGUUCAUGAAGUUCAUCUUUUUAUUUGACUGCCAGAAGUGUGUUCACGCCAAACAACAUUUAAAAAUAUUCUGUCAAUAAUUUCUUUCAGUCCUAAUUGUUUGGAUGGAUGUUUUUGAAAGGUACAAAUCAAAACAAAACUUAGUGAGACUAGGAACUCUCAAGUCCUAUAUAACUUCAUGACCUCAAUUAAUUGACCUGUCAGAGUGCCACUAAAGGUCAGAGCUGGCUGUGAGACACACUAGCUUUUUAGUAGAAUCUCCUAAUGACAACAUGCAGUCUGUGUGCUUUUAAUAUAGACUUAUAGACCAGUAAACUUUUUUCAUUGUCUAGUGAUAUAUCAAUGAGCACAGAGAUCAUAAAAGUUAAAAUCCUCCCUUCCCUCUAUUUCACUUUGUCAGAAAUGUUUAUUUACAAAUAGUUUACAUGCAGUUUGUGGGAGAGCUGACUAGAAGGACAUUUCAUGUUAGAACUGACUAGAAGGACAUUUUAUGUUAGAACUGACUAGAAGGACAUUUCAUGUUAGAACUGACUAGAAGGACAUUUCAUGUUAGAACUGACUAGAAGGACAUUUCAUGUUAGAACUGAAUAGGACAUUUCGUGUUAGAACUGACUAGAAGGACAUUUCAUGUUAGAACUGACUAGAAGGACAUUUCAUGUUAGAACUGAAUAGGACAUUUCAUGUUAGAACUGACUAGAAGGACAUUUCAUGUUAGAACUGAAUAGGACAUUUCAUGUUAGAACUGACUAGAAGGACAUUUCAUGUUAGAACUGACUAGAUCUAUUUCGAUGUGUAGUAUUAUAACUGGGUGAAAGGCAAGUCCAGCAGUGUGUGACUAAUAUUAGGCCUAUACGUGGAAAAACUCACAUAGAACUCUGUUUAAGUAUGUUGUUACUAAUAUGACCAUUUUUUAAUAUUGGCUUUGUUAUCAUUGUAAUGCCAUAAGCAGUCGAAUAUUAGAACUAUAGUCAAUCAUCUGUUAGGAAAAUGUUGGUAUUAGAAAAUAAAAUCAAAGUUUAACAAAGAA